UUUCUGUCCUCAUUGAUGUUCCUUUCUCUCCAGGCCCAGCAACGUUUGAGAGACAUCGCCCGCGACUGCCAGGCGGCCCAACUCAAGAAGCUGAAGGAGACAAACGAGAAAGAGAAGAAAGAACUCCAGAAAAUCCUGGAUCGGAAGCGGCACAACAGCAUCACCGAAGCCAAGUCCCGAGAGAGGAACAAAAAGGAUGUGGAGCUGACUGAAAUAAACAGGAGGCACAUCACUGAAUCCGUCAACUCCAUCCGGAGGCUCGAAGAGGCUCAGAAACGGCGCCAGGAGAAGCUACUGGGAGGCCAUCAGGGAAUCCUGCAGAUGAUUGACGAGGAAGAGCCACGGUUGCUGGCCCAGCUAGACGGAGAGUGCAACCUGGAGGCGCUUGCCCUGCGCCAGGAAAUUGGCCGCUACCUGCAGGAAGAGCUUGAUGGCGGGGUCAGCAACGGGCACCCACCCCCCGGCACCAGUGCCAGCCCUGCCCCGACCGAAGAGGAAGAGUUCACGGUCCUUUGAAACAUGGAGGUGGCAAGGGAGCAAGGGUCUCUUCCACCCAUGGAGGAAUAUCUCCCAUUCAUCCCCUUGAGUAGAAGGGAAAGAAACCACACUAAAAGCACUUCGCUUUUGUUUUGUUUUGCUUUUUUUUAAAGAAAGAACAAAUGUUUUAUUUUUUUAAAACUAAUUUUUUUAAUUAACUAA